CUUGAAACUAUUUUGAUGGAAUAUGAGAGCUACUAUUUUGUAAAAUUUCAGAAAUAUCCCAAAAUUGUCAAAAAGGAAUCAUUAGACACAGUGGAAAAUAAUUUACCACAAAGAAGUGGAGGGAAGACCAGAAGAGUGAUGAGCGACAGCUGUCAAAAUCUUCCCAAGAUCAGUCAGCAGAGGCCACGGUCCAGAACCACAGCGGGGAAAUCGGGGGAUGCCAAAUCCCUCCAUAAGGAGCAUCCUAAACAGGAGGCUGUCAAUAAUCCCCACGCGGAGAGUGCUGACUUUGGCUUGAGCAUAUCAGGAAUCAACAAAGGCAGUGGAGAAGAAAACGUCCGCCCACAAAAAGGCCAAAUCGUUGACUUCCGAGGGCUGCUCACAGAUGCCAUCAAAGGAGCAACCAACGAACUUGGCUUGAACAGCUUUGACUGUAACCCAGACCCCUCAGAACGAUUGUUGAAACCUCUGAGUGCAUUUAUUGGCAUGAAUAGUGAGAUGCGAGAAUUGGCAGCCGUGGUGAGCCGGGACAUUUAUCUCCAUAAUCCAAACAUAAAGUGGAAUGACAUUAUUGGACUCGAUGCAGCCAAGCAGUUAGUCAAGGAGGCUGUUGUGUACCCUAUCAGGUAUCCGCAGCUGUUUACGGGAAUCCUUUCCCCCUGGAAAGGUCUACUGCUGUAUGGUCCUCCAGGCACAGGCAAGACCUUACUGGCUAAAGCUGUGGCCACGGAGUGUAAAACCACCUUCUUUAACAUUUCUGCAUCUACCAUUGUCAGCAAAUGGAGAGGGGAUUCAGAAAAACUUGUUCGGGUGUUAUUUGAACUUGCCCGCUAUCACGCCCCUUCCACCAUCUUCCUGGACGAGCUGGAGUCAGUGAUGAGUCAGAGAGGCACUGCUCCUGGCGGAGAACAUGAAGGAAGCCUUCGGAUGAAGACAGAGUUACUGGUGCAAAUGGAUGGCCUGGCUCGCUCAGAAGAUCUCGUGUUUGUCUUAGCAGCCUCUAACCUGCCAUGGGAGCUGGACUGUGCCAUGUUACGCCGCCUGGAGAAGAGGAUACUGGUUGAUCUCCCCAGUCGGGAGGCCAGGCAGGCCAUGAUCCACCACUGGCUGCCCCCCGUGAGCAAGAGCAGAGCCCUGGAGCUGCGCACGGAGCUGGAUUACAGUGUGCUGAGCCGGGAGACGGAGGGCUACUCGGGCUCAGACAUUAAGCUCGUCUGCAGGGAAGCAGCCAUGCGGCCUGUGAGGAAGAUCUUCAGUGCCCUUGAAAAUCACCAGUCAGAGAGCAGCAAUUUACCUGGAAUCCAGCUGGAUACAGUGACCACUGCUGACUUCUUAGAUGUGCUAGCUCACACCAAGCCUUCAGCAAAGAAUCUGACUCAGAGAUACUCAGCCUGGCAAAAGGCCCAAGGAUUUCAGUUUCAUCCUACGUGA